AUGGCAGCUUCAAGAACAACAUUAGUGAGCUUGGUUGUUGUGACCAUGCUCAUAGAAUUGGCCAUGGCAACCAGUUACAAUGUAGGAGGUCCGAAUGGCGGGUGGGAUUCGACUACCGACCUUCAAACUUGGGCAUCAUCCCAGACAUUCUUAGUAGGAGAUAAUCUCAAUUUUCAGUACGCACCAAGCCAUGAUGUGGUUGAAGUUUCAAAGGCAGACUAUGAUUCUUGCCAAGCAAGUAACUCAAUUCAGUCUUACAGUGGUGGCAGCACUACCAUUCCUCUGUCUUCUCCAGGCAAGAGGUACUUCAUCUGUGGAACAACUGGACAUUGUAGCCAAGGAAUGAAGCUAGAAGUGGACACUCUUGCAACUUCUGCUGCACCAACUGCUUCUCCUCUGAGCCCUGCUCCACAAGAAUCUCCUUCAAUCCCAGCCCCUUCUUCCUUGGACACUCCAUUGGCUCCAGAAGCUUCGACUGCCUCACCGGCACAAUCACCACAAUCUGCUUCGACUGCCUCGCCGGCACAAUCACCACAAUCUGCUCCCACUUUGUCCCCUGCUUUGCCAUCUGAGUUGCCCAUCAGUCCUGCAUCAAACCCAACCGACAUUCCUUCAACUGAAGCUCCUACUUCCAUCUCUCGAACCGGAUCUUCAGCACAACCAUCUUCCUCAUCACUUAACUGCAAAUUAGGCAGCCUCCAGGCGAGUCUCACUGUGGGGUUCAGUGCUGUUGUGAUCAUGUUGUUUCUAUCCCCCUAG